AUGCAGCAAGCCGUGCUGGACCCCGAGUCGCAAGUGGAGAAGGGCGAGAGCGCCCGCAUGUCGUCCUUCGUGGGCGCCAUCGCCAUCGCCGACAUGGUCAAGACGACGCUGGGCCCCAAGGGCAUGGACAAGAUCCUGCAGUCCAUGGGCGGCCCCGACCAGAGCAUCUCGGUCACGAACGACGGCGCCACGAUCCUCCGCAGCGUCUACGUGGACAACGCGGCGGCCAAAGUGCUCGUGGACAUUGCCAAGACGCAAGACGAGGAGGUGGGCGACGGCACCACGAGCGUCGCGGUGCUCUGCGGCGAGCUGCUGCGCGAGGCCGAGACGCUCAUUGACCAGCGCGUUCACCCGCAGACGAUCAUUGACGGCUGGCGCCUCGCCCUCGCGACCGCCACGGACGCGCUCGUGGCGUCGGCCCAGGACAACGCGCACGACGUCGACAAGUUCCGGGAAGACCUCACGAACGUUGCGCGCACGACGCUCAGCUCCAAGCUCUUGACGUACGAGAAGGACCACUUUGCCAAGCUGGCGGUGGACGCCGUGCUGCGUCUGCGGGGAUCGAGCAAUCUGGACUACAUUCAGAUCAUCAAGAAAGCUGGCGGCUCGCUGCGAGAGUCGUAUCUGGACGAGGGCUUCAUCUUGGACAAGAAGAUUGGCGUGGGGCAGCCCAAGCGCAUUGAGAAUGCCAAGAUCCUCGUGGCCAACACAGGGAUGGACACGGACAAGAUCAAGAUCUACGGCGCGCGCGUCAAGGUGGACUCGAUGGACAAGGUCUCGGCGAUCGAAGACGCUGAGAAGGCCAAGAUGAAGGCCAAGGUUGAAAAGAUCGCCAGCUUUGGCAUCAACUGCUUUGUGAAUCGACAGCUUAUCUACAACUACCCCGAGCAGAUCUUUUCGGACAAGGGCAUCAUGGCCAUUGAACACGCUGAUUUUGACGGCAUUGAGCACCUGGCGGCAGUCACGGGCGGUGAAAUCGCGUCCACGUUCGAUAACCCGGACGCCGUGCAGCUUGGUGAGUGCGAAUUGAUCGAAGAAAUCAUGAUCGGCGAGGACCGCUUGCUGCGUUUUUCGGGCGUCAAGACGGGCUCAGCCUGCUCGGUGGUGCUGCGUGGUGCUAGCUCGCACCUGCUGGACGAGGCCGAGCGCUCCCUGCACGAUGCACUGGCCGUAUUGACGCAGACGGUCAAGCACUCCCAGACUGUCAUGGGCGGUGGCUGCACAGAGGUGUUGAUGGCGCAGGCCAUCGACAACAAGGCGCCGUCUGUGCCGGGCAAAAAGGCAUUGGCCAUGGAGGCGUUUGCACGCGCGCUGCGACAGCUGCCCAGCAUCAUUGCUGACAACGGCGGGUACGACAGCUCGGAGCUGGUGACGCAGCUUCGUGCGGCACACCAUCGUGGGGAGACAACUGCUGGUCUGGACAUGCGCACGGGUUGUGUGGGCGACAUGGAGUCGUUGGGUAUUCGCGAAGCGCUGAAGAGCAAGAAGCAAGUGCUGAUCUCCGCAGCGGAAGCAGCCGAGAUGAUCCUCCGAGUAGACGACAUUAUUAAGUGCGCGCCACGCCAGCGCCAGGGACAGUAA